AAAAGUAUAAAAGUAUGCAAAAAAAAAAAAAGGAAAAAUUCACAAAAGAGAGCCCGACUAUUAUCCAUAUUCUUUGAUAAGUCCCAAUUAUGAAUUAUUCCGUGCAGGUCCAAAGUUUACUAUCUUGUGAUUUUCAUAGGUCCUGAGUUACUUAUAACCGGUUUAGAAAGUAAGAUUUUUAAAUAUUUACCAUCUUUGAACACUUUCAGCAAAUGACAAAUACCUAUAAAAUGGGCCAACGUUUAAAAAAUCUUACCUUUUAAAACAUUUAUAUGUAAUUCAAGACUUAUAAAAAUCACAAGGUGAUAAACUUGAGACCUGUCGGAAAUAAUUUAUAGUUGGGACUUAUAAAAGAAAAUGGGUAAUAGUUGGGCCCAUUUUUGUGAAUUUCUCCAGAAAAAAAAAAAAAAAAAACUGAAAAGAUGGAGAGAGAAAGUGGAAAGUAAAAGAUAAAGUAAAAAAAAUAGAUUAAAUUAUUAACAAGUAGUAAAUGACAUGGGUGAAAAAAGAAGGGAAAGUAGAUAGAACAUAUUACGAAAUAAUAGAAAAAACAACAAUAUAGAGUUUUAAAAAAAUAGACAAAAAAAAGUGUGUAAAUUAAAAAUGAAAGGAAGGAGUAUCACAUCUAUUUUUAAGUUAAAAACAUUAAUUAUUUUACUUACUCAACUUAAAUUAAUAUACUUUUGAUAACCAUAAUACAAUUUAUCGCCUUAAUAUAUAUGUUUUCCAACCAGAGUUAAGAAACGGAAGAAGUAUCCGUAAUCGUAAUGCUUACAGCAUUAGCCAACGUAAGAUCAAGGUGGUACAAUUUAAAAACGGAUGAGGUAUAAAAUAAGUAGGAAAAUGAAAAAAGAAUGAAGCAGGUUAUUAGUACUUAGUAGAGGUCCUUUUCUUCAUCUGAUAUGGCCAAUUGACUAUAGAGUAUUAUAUGACAGGCAAGAGUAGCAUGAGCGUUUAUAUGACUUUAUUAUUGAAGUUUGAUGAUUGAUGAUAGCACGACACAACUUUUCUUUAUAAAUAUAAGUGGUUAUGUACAUUACGAUAUGACCAAUUGUCCAAUUGUUGUCUUAAUUUCUCUUGUAUCACCAAACCAAAAAAAAGUAGUUAAUGUUCUUUUAAAAUCAUGUUUCGUUCAUAAUUUUUGGACUUUAAGAAACGAAAUCAUUUAUCGAUUCUCUUUUUCUUGUUUGGUUCAACCCCUCAUCUAUCCAUUGUCAUUAUUUGGUGGUAAUGGACUCUGUCAAGUAACAAAAUGUAUUAUUUAGUGUUAAUGGUUAUUAUUCCGUUUCCAAUCCAUGGCUUGAACCAAACACGUAUUAAAGCCUUAAAGCAUGGUAGAAGAUCAACUUGAAAUAUGAUGAUGGAGGAUCUGUGGACCUCAUUUUGUGGGCAAUCUAAAUGUGCAACAAACAGCUCUGAGCCUUGUAAUCCUAACUUCAUGUUUGUAAAUCUUCCUUCUUCAUGUGUCAAUCAUGCUACCAUUCUUUGUUUUGAUAUACUGCUUCUGGUAGUUCUCUCAUGGAGCUUCAUCUGCAAAAUUUCUUCCAAAAAACUCGAGUUACAAGCUCAUUCGAGAGAGUUGUCAAUCUUGCAGAUAUUAUCAGCUGUUUUUAAUGGAUGUUUAGGUCUUGUUUAUAUUGGUUUUGGUGUUUGGAUUCACUGGUGGAUUUUAUAUCUCUUUCAUGGAGUUACAUGGGUGCUGAUAGGAUUAACAAUAAGCUUAAGAGGAGAGUUUUUCUCGAAAGUCACAUUGCGAAUCUUGUCCAUCUUGUCAUUCCUCUGUUCUGGAACUCUGAGCUUUAUUGUUAUGUACUCUGUAAUAGUGAACCAUGAUGGAUUAACAGUUGAGGGAAGCUUAGAUAUCCUAUGUUUUGUAGGAGCAAGUUUGCUCUUGUUAUGUACUUUCAGAAGCACCGGUUAUACUCCUGUAAACAUCAGGGAAAAUGAAUCAGCUGCUGCAGUUACACCCUUUGCAGAAGCGGGGUUCUUCAGUGAAAUGUCAUUUAGUUGGUUGAACCCUUUGAUGAAAUUGGGGAGAGAAAAGAUUCUAGCAGAAGAUGACAUACCCGAAUUAAGGGACAUAGAUAGAGCAGGAUAUUGUUACUUACAGUUUCUUGAUCAGUUCAGUAAGCAUAAAAAAACUGAUCAGUCCAUAUCAGAAUCCUCGGUCUUGUGGUGCAUUGUUGAAUGCCAUUGGAAGGAGAUUCUGAUAUCCGGGUUCUUUGCACUUCUAAAGGUACUCGCUCUAUCAGCUGGACCUCUUUUGCUGAGUUAUUUCAUUAAGGUGGCCGAGGGUAAAGAAACUUUCAGGUACGAAGGUUAUCUUUUAGCCAUUUUACUUUUCUUUUCAAAGAUCUUAGAGUCUUUGUCGGAAAGACAAUGGUACUUCCGGACCAGACUGAUUGGCCUUAAAAUCCGGUCCAUGCUCUCUGCAGCAAUCUACAAAAAGCAACUACGAUUAUCAAACGUUGCCAAGAAAAUGCACUCGGGUGGUGAGAUUAUGAAUUAUGUAACUGUGGAUGCUUAUAGGAUAGGAGAAUUCCCUUAUUGGUUUCAUCAAACUUGGACUACAAGCCUCCAGCUUUGCUUAGCAUUAAUUAUUCUAAUCAAUUCAAUCGGACUUGCAACUUUCGCAUCAUUAGUAGUAAUUGUUUUGACAGUGGUUUGCAACACUCCCUUGGCAAAAUUACAGCAUAAGUUCCAAAGCAAGUUGAUGGUUGCUCAAGACGGAAGGUUGAAGGCUUUCUCGGAGGCUCUUAUGAACAUGAAGGUGUUAAAGCUAUAUGCGUGGGAGACUCACUUUAUGAAUGUAGUUGAGGCAUUAAGGGUAGUAGAAUCUAAACGGUUAUCAGCUGUGCAGUUGCAAAAGGCGUAUAACUUUUUUCUGUUUUGGACGUCUCCUGUAUUGGUCUCAGCUGCUACAUUUGGGGCUUGUUAUUUCCUCGAAGUUCCUUUACACGCGAAUAAUGUUUUCACAUUUCUUGCAACAAUACGUCUGGUGCAACAGCCUAUCAGAGCUAUCCCUGAUGUCAUUGGUGUAGUGAUUCAAGCAAGAGUUGCGUUUACAAGAGUUGUGAAGUUUCUUGCAGCAACAGAGCUUCAAGCUGGAAAUGUCAGGAAAUUGAGCAAUAUAGUGAACCACAAAUAUGAUCAUGUCAUUCUGGUAAAAUCUGCAAAUGUUUCAUGGGAAUUCAAUCCAUCAAAGCCGACACUUAGAAGUAUAGAUCUAUAUGUUCGUCCAGGUGAAAAGGUCGCUAUAUGUGGAGAAGUCGGCUCUGGAAAAUCAACAUUACUAGCAGCAAUUCUCGGAGAAGUCCCAUAUAUACAAGGGAUUAUGGAAGUUUAUGGGAGAAUCGCUUAUGUAUCCCAGACAGCUUGGAUCCAAACAGGGACAAUACAGGAAAAUAUUCUUUUCGGGUCUGCUAUGGAUGGCCUGCGGUACCAGGAAACUCUUCGUAGGUGUUCAUUGCUGAAGGACCUUGAGCUUCUUCCUUAUGGUGACAUGACUGAAAUAGGGGAAAGAGGAGUUAAUUUAAGUGGUGGCCAGAAGCAACGGAUUCAACUUGCUCGUGCAUUAUACCAAGAUGCUGACAUAUAUCUUCUAGAUGAUCCAUUUAGUGCUGUUGAUGCACACACUGCAACAAGCCUCUUCAAUGAAUAUGUUAUGGAAGCUCUUUCUGAAAAGACUGUCUUGCUUGUGACACACCAAGUUGAUUUUCUUCCUGCAUUUCAUUGUUGUUUGCUGAUGUCAGAUGGAGAGGUCCUUCAUUCAGGCCCUUACAACGAGUUAUUAGCUUCGAGUAAGGAGUUUUUGGACCUUGUAAACGCACACAAAGAGACAGCUGGUACUGAAACACUGUCUGAAGUUAGUUCUACAUCUAGAAGACAUAAUUAUUCGACUAAUGAGAUUAAGCGAGCCACUGUUGAGAUGGAAAAUCAACCAUUGAAAGGGGAACAGUUGAUUAAACAAGAAGAAAGAGAAGUUGGAGAUUCUGGCUCUAAGCCUUACUUAAUAUACCUGAAUCAGAAUAAAGGCUAUUUAUAUUUCUCAAUUAUUGCUCUUUCUCAUCUCGCGUUUGUGACAGGACAGAUACUACAGAACAUUUGGAUGGCCUCAGGUGUUGAUAAUCCUCAAGUUAGUGAAUCAAAACUGAUUGUGGUUUACCUCAUCCUUGGACUAUGUUCGACAAUCUGUUUACUCUUUAGAUCUCUUGCAGUGGUUACAUUAGGGAUAGAAUCAUCAAAAUCUUUGUUUUCUCAGUUAACAAACUCUCUAUUUCGUGCUCCAAUGUCAUUUUAUGACUCUACGCCUCUUGGAAGGAUUCUUAGUCGGAUCUCUUCUGAUUUGAGCAUCGUUGAUCUUGACAUCCCCUUCAGCAUCCAAACAGCCUUUGGAGCUACUACAAUUGCAUACUCUACUUUAGUAGUGUUGGCCGUCAUUAUUUGGCAGGUCUUAAUUGUUGCCAUACCAAUGGUUUACAUGGCAAUACGACUGCAGAGAUACUACUUUGCAACCGCAAAAGAGUUGAUGAGACUGAAUGGUACAACCAAGUCUAUGGUUGCAAACCAUUUAGCGGAGUCAUUAGCUGGGGCAAUGACAAUUAGAGCUUUUCAAGAGGAAGAUCGUUUUUUUGCUAAGAAUCUGAAUCUUAUUGAUACAAAUGCAAGCCCAUACUUCCAUAAUUUUACAGCUAAUGAAUGGCUCAUUCAGAGGAUUGAGACCUUUAGUGCCAUUGUUCUCGCAGCUGCAGCAUUGUUCAUGGUUUUACUUCCUCCUGGUACUUUUAGCUCAGGCUUCAUUGGUAUGGCACUAUCAUAUGGUCUCACGUUGAAUCUGGGUAUGGUUUUCUCAAUUCAGAAUCAAUGCAUUUUAGCCAACCACAUAAUUUCCGUGGAGAGGCUUAAUCAAUACAUGGAUAUACCGAGUGAAGCUCCAGAAGUCAUCGAUGAUUGUCGUCCUCCACAUAGCUGGCCAUCAGCUGGUAAAGUGGAGAUAUGUAAUUUGCAGAUAAGAUAUAGACCCGACACACCACUGGUUCUUAAAGGAAUCAGUUGCACAUUUGAAGGGGGAGAUAAAAUUGGUAUUGUUGGUAGGACUGGCAGUGGGAAGACUACCUUAAUAGGAGCAUUGUUUCGCUUAGUGGAACCAGUAGGAGGGAAGAUUAUAGUUGAUGGUAUCGAUAUAGGUUCAGUCGGACUUCACGAUCUAAGGUCACGUUUUGGGAUUAUUCCUCAAGAUCCUACUCUCUUCAAUGGCACAGUACGGUUCAACUUGGAUCCAUUAGGCCAGCAUAAUGAUGAAGAAAUCUGGGAGGUGCUCAUCAAAUGUCAGCUUAAAGAUGCAGUUGAAGAGAAAAUACAGGGGCUAGAUUCCCUAGUUGUGGAGGAUGGAUCGAAUUGGAGCAUGGGACAACGACAACUGUUCUGUCUAGGGCGUGCUUUGCUGCGAAGAAGCAGGGUGUUGGUGCUCGAUGAAGCGACUGCAUCCAUUGAUAAUGCAACUGACACCAUCCUGCAAAAAACAAUAAGAAUAGAAUUUGCUGGUUCCACUGUUAUCACAGUAGCUCACAGGAUACCAACCGUGAUGGACUGCACAAAGGUUCUAGCCAUCAGUGAUGGAAAACUGGUGGAAUAUGAUGAGCCAAUGAAGCUAAUGAAGGAUGAAAGUUCGCUAUUUGGCCAACUUGUCAAAGAAUAUUGGUCACAUAUCCACUCUGCUGGUCAGUCUAUUUGAGCAAAAAGCAAUUAAGGAGUAACAAAUUGUGCAUGGAUGAAGAUCCCUCCUUUACUAGCCUUGCUGGAGAAGUUAAUUUAUUGUUAUUACUAUUCUUUGGACUCAGGUGAUGUCCAGGGUUGGUUGUCUUUGUGUGUUACAUUUUCGUAGUUUAAGACAACUACCGUCAUUUCUAUUGCACUUAUCAGUUACUUGGAAUGGAAGGCAUUGAAGGAGAAAUAAACUAGGAAUGCAUGAAAAUAAGGAACAAGAUCGCUUGUAAUUUUUAGUCUAUAUCAGUACAAUGAAACAGGGCACUACAUAUAGAGGUGUCAAUUCAGUUCAACAGUUCAGUUAUGGUUAUAAUCAAACAUUUCAGUUUAUAUCACUUCGUUUUGUACCUAUUAAAAUAAUUAGCUGUUCAGUUCAGUUCAGUUAACAAACUUUCCAGUUCAGUUUAAUUCAGUUUUUUUUCUUUUCCA